AUGGCCCACCGCAUAAUAACCCAAGUCGUCAUAACCGGCUCACGAGUUCUCGGGCGCGCCGUAUCAGAAUCGUGGAAACAAGCCAAAGCCUCUUCGGCCUACCAAAAAGCGCAACAAUCUGGUUCAGCUACCGGCGGUGGUCCAUCGUUCACCUCGAGCAGUCUUACAUUAGACGAAGCUUGCAAAAUCCUCAAUGUAAAACCACCGAAAGAGGGCAAAAUGGAUAUGGAAGAUGUCAUGUCGCGGUUUAAGAAACUAUUCGAUGUGAAUGAGCCGAAGAAUGGAGGGAGUUUUUACUUGCAGAGUAAGGUGCUGAGGGCGAGGGAGCGGUUGGAGGGCGAAAUGAGGGUUAAGGCGGAAAGUUUGGAGAGGGAGGCAGAAUUAAAGGAGGGGUGGAAACCGAAGGUUUUUAAGAGCCGGUGA